GCCGCAGUCAUUCGCUUGUUUAUUCCUGGUCUGUGUCGCACCGCUGAUUCACUGACUUCACCUGAUUACCUGGAGCCAGAGUCGGCGUUUACACCUCAGACUAUAGCGCACAGCUCCUCCGCAUAAAGAGGAUCAUCGGGUGUAAUCGAGAAGAGGCUGCUGGGCCAAGUUCCACUUUGGGAUCAUAAAUAUUUAUAUUAAAUUACCUCUCCGGGUGAAUCUAUAAAAGUCUGGGUUCAUGCCGGAUUUCGAGCACUUCAGAUUUUCCUACUCUAGUAUGAAUCCGGUCCUGGAGGAGAGCGGUUUCCUGGCCCCGCAGCAGCAACAUCCCCAAAUGCCGAGCCAAACAGAUUCCGCAAUCCCAGACCCGGGCUACUUCCUGGGGGACCACGGCAGGUUCGGGCUUGAUGGGUUGUCCGGGCUGGACCUGGGCGCUCUGCCACCGUCGGGCCUCGCCUACCUGCACCUGAGCAGCCCCUUGCACCGCGUCCCCCCGGCGGCCACGGCUCUGCGCAACGACCUGGGCUCCAACAUCAGCGUGCUGAAGACCCUGAACCUGCGCUUCCGCUGCUUUCUGGCCAAAGUGCACGAGCUGGAGCGCAGGAACAAGGUGCUGGAGAAGCAGCUGCAGCAGGCUUUGGAGGGCAAUAGCGGGGGCGAUGGACACCAGAAGCCCCUCACUAAAGACAUGGGAGUCCAGACCGGAUUCAUCGGGCCUAUCCCUGCAAGGCCGGGUUUCAUCCCGCUCCUCAACGCCAACAAUUCUGCCUACCUGCCCGGAGGCCUCCUCUCCCCCACUUUGAACCCCCCUCCUCUGUUUGACAACAAAUACCUGAGCACGGAUUCAAACUCCAACCUCACCACCUCCGGCUUCUCCAUCAGCCCGGCUCUGAGUCCCAUGGACCCAACCAAAACCAUCACCAACAUCAACGAGAAGUACUCCACCCACACCGGGACAAACACCUCCAACGCUCCCCCACCUCCCCCUCCUCCGCCACCUCGCUUCCUCCCCGGGACGAUCUGGUCUUUCAACCACACCCGCCGCUUUGGCACCGGGAGGGAGUCGUGCGUCACGGGGCCCGGGGUCUCCUGGACGCACCCGGACGGUGUUGGAGUCCAGAUCGACACCAUCACGCCGGAGAUCAGGGCUCUGUACAACGUGCUGGCCAAAGUGAAGAGAGAAAGGGAUGAAUAUAAGAGGAGAUGGGAGGAAGAGUACACAGCCAGAAUGGACCUGCAGGAGAAGGUGGCUGAACUCGAGGAGGACCUGCAGGAGAGCGAGGUGUGUCAGGACGAGCUGGCUCUGAGGGUGAAGCGGCUGAAAGAGGAGCUCGUUCUCUUCAAAGGACUCGUCAGCAACAACCUGUCAGAUCUGGACACUAAAAUCCAGGAAAAGGCCAUGAAGGUGGACAUGGAUAUCUGCCGCCGGAUUGACAUCACCGCCCGCCUCUGUGACGUUGCCCAGCAGAGGAACUGCGAGGACAUGAAUCACAUCUUUCAGCAGGUGCCCACGCCGCCCUCCACUUUGAGCCGACGGGUCAGAAAACACAGCGGGCAGUCAUCGAAGGGCGGGGACGGAGACGAGCUCAGCGUGUCGGAGAGCGAGGGAGGUGGGGCCAAAAGCGAGGAUUCGUGCAGCACGUCGGCCAAUCAGAUUAAUGAGCAGAUGCAGAAGAUGCUAAACCAGCUGAGGGAGUGUGAGUUUGAGGAUGACUGUGACAGUCUGGCCUGGGAGGAAACUGAAGAAACUCUUCUGCUGUGGGAAGAUUUUCCAGGAUACACACUGGGAGUGGAACCACAAGGAGAGGAUGAGUCCAUUGAGGAAGUGAUCAAAGACACGGAGUCUCUGUUCAAAUCCAGAGAGAAGGAAUACCAGGACACCAUCGACCAGAUAGAGCUGGAACUGGCCACAGCGAAGAGCGACAUGAACCGCCACCUGCACGAGUACAUGGAGAUGUGUUCAAUGAAGAGAGGCCUGGAUGUCCAGAUGGAGACCUGCAGGAGGCUCAUCACACAGAGCGGAGACAGGAAGUCCACCUCGCUCAUCUCGCUGACGGUGGAUGACUCUGACAGCGAGGAGAAGGACAGGAAGAAGCCGGCGCUGCCCGCCGACUCAGAGAUCAGCGACUCCUGCUGCGACGUCAACGCCGCCAUCCCACCUCUGACCUGGAGGAAACCCUAAUACACGCUUCCUCUGAGGAAGAACAAGGCAGAGCUUCCACACGUCUAAAAUCAUGUCUCUGUGAUUUCUGUCACAUUUGAAGUCUCCAGUGUGAUUUUUACUGAUCGUAAAGUCAGGCCAACAUGGCAGCCAGAGAUUCAGAGCCAAGCAUGGAGGUUUUUACUGCUUUAUGAGGAAGAAAGCUUCUCCUUAUUGAUGAACCUGUAGUUUGUUUGCAAGUCAUUUUAAUUUAAAAAGCCGCAAUAGUAAUAGUGUGUGCGAGUGCUGCCCUCACAUGGUUACCAGCUGUAACUGCACAUCUGGAGGUCAAAACAAAACUUAACUGCACUUUAAAGAAAAGAUGAGAUGCCUAUGAGCUACAUUAUUGUAUUUGCACAACGAGCUCACCAAAACUGUUGUUUGUAAAAUGUCUCUAACGCUGCAGGAUUAAAAGGACGCACACACAGGCUGUAAUGCAGAAAGAAAGCAGUUUGCACAGGUCAUUGUUCCUGCUCCAUAUUAAAGUGCAGUGGUUUUAUAUUACACAGACAUUAGCAGCAGCUUCAAAAUGUUAAAGCUCACGUUUAAUUUGAUUCUUUGAUUACUUGUAACUGUAGUCAAGACAAAAAUCCAGUGAAAGACCAGCUCGCCUUAAACCGAUUUCCAGGAUUUUUUUGCGGGGGGGAGAUGCCUUUUGUGUUUGGGGGGAAAAAUACAUUUUGAAGGUUUAACCUUCACAAUAUUUACCUUACAUAAAUCUUAAAUCUUACAUAAGUUUAUUUAUAUGUACUUUUUCUUGAAUUUGAAGUUUAUUAAAAGUUCUGCUCCUGGCGGGUCUGUAAACACUGAUCCUCGCUAAAGUUUGGAGUUGAAAUACUUCAUUUUCCUCUCGGCGGGUAACAUCAGCCGUGAUAUUUGAUACUGUGUCAUAAUACAUGUAGUAAUAUAGAUAAUUUUGGGUUUUUGUAAGCUUUUGUACGGUUGUGGUUUCAGACCUCUCUCUUGCCUCCAGAUCCAUUUCAGUUUGAAAACAUCAAAACGGUGCAAACAGGUAAAGAUCGGUUUGACAGUGUAAAUGCUAUUUAGAUUUCUCACAUUUUCUACAGAUGAUGUGAUGCUAAAAGGUAAACUCUUAUAUUAUGACAGUAAUACUACUUUAAAAACCAGGUUAAAUCACAGUUAAACUGAUUUAUUGUGGAAAUGCCAUUUUUAAACCUCAGUCUUGAAGAAAUAUUUUUUAAGUUAAAUAAUGUGGCAAAAUGUACAUUUCCACGUAUUUUGGUGUCUGUGUUAAGAUUCUAUCUGGAAUUAGUUCAGUAUUUCUGGGAUAACAUUAACAUGGACCUAAACAAAUGCUCACAUGAAACAAGUUUUUAAAUCAGGGGGUCCACGUAAUCCCCGCAGGACAAAAGUUUAGACUGACAGUUUUUUUUUUCUACUCAUGGAUCUGUAUGAUGUCAUAGAGAGGGGAUAUCCUGAUAUCUCCUACAGAAGCCUAUCACACAGUUCAGUUUAAUUUGUAUGUCUUUUUAUGAGGGGCAGCCAAUCAGAAGAGGGUUGGCUAAUAGGGGGAGGAGCUACAAGAGACAAAUAAGGAUUAUUAUCAACUGAAUUAUGCAGAGCUACUCUAACAUAGCCCAAGAAUAACAAAUACAGAGCUGGAAAUAAUUGAAAAAGCCCCCCUUUAAUCUUACACUUUAGGUAACACUUCCUUAUUUUAUGUUAUUUAUUCUUAAUACUGUUCAUUAACUGUUUUAAACAAGCCAAUAAUAGGUGUAAUAAAAAUUUCAUUUUUGCCUUUGAUUUUCUGGGAUCGGGAGGUAUUUUGUCUUAAAGAUGAAGAUGCCACAUUAGGUGGGACAUACAUGAGGAUCAGUCACUCUGUGGUUUAUUUUUCUUGCCAAUGUUAUAAUUCAGUAGCCUGAAAUCCAUCAUUAUUCCCACACAGCCCUGCUCUUAAACCUCUGACACAUCUGUAAUUUCGACUGAGUUAAUUAAAUGUAAAUAUGUAUUUUAGGGACUCUAUGUCUCUGUGUACAGUUUGUAAAGGACAAACACUGUAAUUAAUGUACAUACCAAUGCUGAAGUUGUACUGCUGCUGGAAGCUUCAUGGUGUAAAUUUGGCUGAAACGAUUCAUAUUUUUUACUUUGUUUUUGUGGCCUUGCUGUUGCUCUCAGCUAAAUCAGACCUAAUGUUAGUGUCUCAGCAAUAAAGCACGCAUCGGUGUAAAGUAAGAAAAGUCGAGCAAAAAGGCCUCCAGAUGUGAUUCAAAGCAAAAAGAAAAACGUGUACAGGAUGCUGCAGGAAAAGAGUCCUCAUCACAACUUUAAAUAUGACCGUGCUUCUGUCUUUGCUGAUGCUUUGAAUGUUUUCACUCCUUCAAAUGUCAUCACAUCUUUGAUUACUUGAAUGUCUGCUUGUUAAAUAACCGGCCAUAUUCACCAGAGAAAAAACAGGCCCAUUAAAGGAACAGUCUGACCUCCAGUCCUGCAGUUUUCUUCACUGAGCACAUCAAAAACAUCCAAAUUAAAACCUUUGUUCUUUUAUGUGAUCUCAGUGCAGGGAGAGAAAUGGGCAAAGAGUCAUUUUGUUCCUUUAAUGAUGAGAAAACAAAGCAACAAACUGCUAUCGUUCAGACUUCAAAGCAAAGCUAUCACUCACCAUAGGAAACAGUGCAGACGCUCCGUUAGCCGAGCGCUUCAUAUCUAUUUUAUCUGAAUGUAAGUGGAAUCUGUGGAGAGAGAAACGUGAAUUUAAAGAUUUCAGGAAACAGAGGAAUGAAAGUAUGACUCGGAUGAAAAAGAAAAGGCAAAUAAUCGAGCUGAAGGAUGAAGCCAUUUGUAGGAAAACCUAUGAACGGAGUGUUUGAGCUAUCAGGGGUUCAGGUUUGAGUGUGUGGUGCACAGAGCUGUAUGUAUGUUUGAUGAAAUGAAAAGAUGAGCAGAAUAAAAUACUUUGAAG